ACAGAGCAGCGGGACGUGUGAACGGCAGUCACCACCAUGGCUGAUGGAGCGGACCAGGGAGGAGAUCCAGUGGCCUCGACAACGAGGACAGACGAAGCUCCUCCAAUGUCUUCGAUGACGGAGCUCCUGGAAAGGUGUGAUGAUUUGCAGCUGCUUGAAUUGACAAAUCCUUACCGCCAGAGGCUGGAAGAGGCGAUUCAAGAUGCGGUGGAGAAUGUCGUCUUCGUUCUAGCAUACGAGAGAUAUUUCAGUGAGCAAGAGUACAAGCGAGUCAUCAAACGCACGAAGAGAGGAAGCCGUGCGGCCGGUUCCACACUUCUCCUCAACCUGGUGACUGAGAAAGAGCCGCAGGUCCGUAAACUGAUAUGGAAAUGUUUCGUGAAAAUGCACCACCUGCUCCCCAAACUGGAGGAGUUGCUGAAAGCAGUGGGGGAAGAAGGUUCUGAUCUGAUCGAAUCGUUCAAAGCCAUGAAGGUUUCCUCGGAACUACCUGCUCAUCUGAAAGAUGUUCAGCAGAAGCACAUGGACACACUGAAGGCGCAGACUGAAAUACUGAGCGUGAAUACGAUCCUGAUGAUGGAGAAGGUUAAGGUUUUCCAGCUGCUUGAUCGAUACGCUGAGCUCACAAUCAUCUCCACUGUUCGAGAUCGGACACUGGUGGAACAUGAGCUGCUGGCAAGAGGCCGGGACCAUGAAGAGUGGAGAGAGGAAUGUCUCCGGGGAGAACUGGAAAAAAUCAGGACUGAUCAGUUAUUCCAGAACAUUUCGGUGAGCAAAUCCAAAUCUGGGAGUUCUUCAGCCGUGGCCGGAGUCGCGGGGAUCGGAAAAACAACAAUGGUGCAAAAGAUUGUUCAUGACUGGGCUACAGGGAAAAUAUUCCAACAAUUCCAGUUUGUCUUCAGUUUCAAAUUCCGUGAUUUGAACACGAUUAACUGCAGAGUAACCCUGAGGGAACUGAUUCUGGAUCAGUAUCCUCACUUUGAGAAUAUGCUAGGGGAGGUCUGGAAGAACCCAGAGGGAUUGCUGUUUAUAUUCGACGGCCUGGAUGAAUUCAAGGGUAGAAUCGAUUUUGCUGACAGUCGGAGAGACACAGAACCUCAGCACCAGUGCCCAGAUCCCGAGUGGUGGUGUGAAGUGUCUGACAUUGUGUACAGUUUAAUCCAGCACAAGCUGCUCCCAGGGUGUUCAGUGCUAGUGACCACCCGCCCCACUGCGUUACAUUUACUGAAAAAGGCAGCGAUCAGUGUCUGGGCUGAAAUCCUGGGGUUUGUUGGUGAGGAACGGAAGGAAUAUUUCACCAGGUAUUUUGAAGAUCAGACGGUGGCAGCAGCUGUUUUCAAACAUGUGAAGGAGAAUGAGAUCCUGUACACCAUGAGCUACAACCCCUCCUACUGCUGGAUCCUUGUCCUGACACUGGGCCCCUUCUUCACACAAACACACCGGGACCCGCAGCGAGUUCCCAAGACCAUCACACAACUAUAUUGCUACUUUAUCUACAACAUCCUGAAAAACCACGGCCGUGAGAUUGAGAACCUCCGUGAGGUGUUACUGAGGGUUGGUCAGAUGGCCUUCACUGGAGUGGCUGAGAAGAAGAUUGUGUUCACAGAUGAAGAUUUGAUCGAAUACAAUCUGCAGCCUUCCCAGUUCCUGUCCGGGUUCCUGAUGGAACUUUUGGAGAGAGAGGAUUCAGUCCGGAGCGUGGUGUACACCUUCCCGCACAUCACCAUCCAAGAGUUUGUAGCCGCACUCGCACAAUUCAUGUCUCCAAAUCGCGGGGAUAUCACAACACUCCUCAUUGAAGCCCAUGGCAUGACAGACGGGCGAUUUGAAGUAUUUCUCCGUUUUGUCGCUGGUCUCUCCUCCCCACGGUCAGUUUGGAUCCUGGAGGAGUUUCUGGGUAAAUUCCCUCAUCAAAUAAUCUGUCGAGUGAUUGACUGGGUGAAGGGGGAGGUUAAACGCCGCGCUGGAAACACAUGGAGUGAAGCUGGUAAACGGAGCCUCCUGAACACGCUGCACUACCUGUUUGAGUCUCAGAAUCCUCUACUGGCUCAGAAGACACUGGGAUCUGUGGAAUCACUUUCAUUCCAUGGACUGGGACUGACUCCGAUUGACUGUGCGGUCCUGUCUCAUGCCAUCGGGCUCUGUAAUACAAUCAAACACCUCAAUCUGAUGAACUGCCACAUUCAGUGUGAAGGUCUCCAGCGGUUGGGACCAGCUCUGCACAAGUGUCAGCACUUGAGAGACUGGGGUAAGUCCCAGAUGGUAAUUGUGUCACUGAUAAACACUGGGGAUUUGCACCGUCUCCUGUCUCUCUGUAUCCCUCACCCUCACUCUCUCAUCUCCAGGCUAAACUGUGUCGGUCUCACAGAUUCUGGAGCCGAAGAUCUCGCCUCCGCUCUCAGUACAAACCCCUCACUGAAGGAUCUGGACCUGACACAUAACUCCCUUACAGACCGAUCUGUCCCCGCUCUCCGCAAUGUCCUACUGACCCUCCCGAGACUGGAGCUGAUCGAGCUGACGGAGAAUACGUUCAGUCCGACCGGGAAGAAAGAACUGAGGUCGCUGCAGGAACCCAGACCCACACUGACAGUGUUCGUGUGAACAUCUCAGGGUGUGAAUGUCACCGCCCUGGGGACCGGAAUAUUGUUGACCGAUUCCCCGCCCUCCCCUUUAAACCCCAAC